GCUUCGAUGGAUUUCGAACCGAUGGACUUCAGCCUGCGGAACCAGAGGGAUCUCCCAGCCACUACUCCUUGCCAAGCGAUGCUGCGUCAAGCACUGAUGGCAACCAUCCUCCGGGAGAUGGACUUGGACUUGACUCCCUGGUGGAUGCGAUGCAGCUCUUGAGGCCGACCAAUGAUGAACAACUUGCGGCAGAAGACAGCCCAAAGCCUCCUCCAAGCGAUGCAGCCUCGAGCAAUGCCGGCUAUGAACCUCCCGGCUAUGAACUUUCCCUACUUGAUGAGCUUGAGAUCAUCGGGCCUGCUCCCGGCUGGCGACUUGAAGAUGAAGAAUGCUUGGUUUGCGAGGACGAAGACCUGUUUGAGUCCUAUGUGGCUGAGGGCGACUUCACUGUCCGCAAGACCACCAACAAGAAAGGCAAGAAGCUAGCCCUCAUGAAUGAUGUGCUCGAGUCUGAAGAUCUUCUCAGGAGCAAGAUCUUUCAUCGACAUCAGACCCUUGGGUGCUCCGUACUUCCACCUGUACCCGAGAAUGAUGAGUUUGAUUUGGAAGCAGCGAUUGACGCUGCCGACACCGAGACUGCCAAUGCGCCCAUGACGCCACAGAUUGCAUUACAGCCUCAACCAGUUGAAGUACAAGCUCCCCAACUAGCCCACACUGGGCAUUUGCGCCAGCGAACGGCUGAGGAACCUGAGCCCCAGCCAACAAGACCUGCGACACCAAGACUUGCCGUGACUGAGCCAGCCAGAUCAACGACACCAAGGCCACCUUUUGCUGCACCUGGGACUCCCAGUUUGACCACUGCGAUGCAACAACCUGAUCUACUUGAUGGUCAUGGAACAGGCCCUGUCCGAGCCCUACGUCCAACAGCUCAAGCACGAUUGCGUGAGUCGGGACCAUACUAUGUGGAUGAGGAGCCCUGGGAGGAAGUUUGGCCUGGUAUCAGCACUGCCGUGCAAAGACGUCGCCGACUUGAACUAGCUGGUGACCUUUCUGGAAGCUCUGAAGAGCUGGAGCCUGAGCAAGAAAGCAAUCUGAACUAUGCCUUCAUGACCGGCAAGGCAGCCAAGUCAGAGAUCAACAUCAACAGCCUCAGCCCUGAAGAUCGGAAGCUUUUUGACGCCUCCAUGCUCAAAGAAUGGACUUCAUGGCAGAAGUUUCAAGCAGUUGCUGAGCUGACGGAGGAAGAGAUCCAAUCGUUGCCACAGGACACCAAAGUCAUUGGCACCAGGUGGGUUCACACUGACAAGAAUAGCAAGCCAAGGCUCAUUGCCCGGCACAUGGCCAAGAAGACGGGAAAGACCAAAGAACAGGUCGACAAGGAGUUCCCAUUCGAAGCCAAGUCACGGCUUGAAUGUGGAUGGAUCCUCUCCCAGAUUGAGCUAGCCCUCUUCUACCUCUACGAUGAAUCAACCUCUCCACCUGCUUUGAUUGGAGUCAUGGCAAGCCACGUUGAUGAUUUGAUUACUUGUGGCUUUGGUGAAAAGUACGAAGUAUGCAUGAAGGAGCUCACUAAACGCCUUCACCUGAAGAAGAAGGACACUGAGUUUCGUUUUUGUGGAAAGAACUUAAUCCAGCAUGCUGACAAGUCGAUCUCUCUGGAACAGGUCGAUGCCAUUGAAGGCCUGGAGUACCAGAUGCUCGACAAGCACAGAAGAAAGUUUCCAAACCUGCCACUCUCUGAAGAAGAAAAGAGCGAGUUCAGAGCCUUGAUUGGAAGUAUGGGUUGGAUAGCACGACAGACGAGGCCUGACGUUAUGGUGAAUGUCAGCAUUGCCUCCCAAAGCAUUGGCCACCCAUGCAUCAAGAAUGUGAUUGACCUCAACAAGGCCGUCAAGAUGCUGAAGGAUAGCGCUGAUGCCCAAUGGUGCUUCAAACCUUCCAAUCUCACUUUGGAAAACUGUGCUGUUUUUGUAUGUGCUGAUUCAAGUUUUGCAAACACAGAAGGUUUGCGAUCUCAGUGCGGAUACCUGGUAGGCUUGACUCUGCCCUCCAUCAAGGAUGGCACCGAGACACCAGUCCUCAUUUUGGAGGCGACAUCUACAUCAAUCAAACGUGUUUGCCGUAGCACCCUGGCAGCUGAAGCGAACUCAUUUCUUGCAGGUGUUGAAGCUGGAAUUUACGUGGCUUCUCUCUUGCGAGAGAUCAUGCAUCCCCAUGUGCCGCUGACCACUCUCGAGACAGAGUAUGCGCUCAAACCAGUACUGGCAUUUACCGAUGCGAAAAGUUUGCAGUCCACCGUUGCCAAGGAUGCUGGACAGCCCACAGACAAGCGAGUGAAAAUCUUGGUUGCGCAAGUGCGCGAGCUGAUGCAGGAAGGGUGUGAGAUCAUGUGGAUCGACACCAGCCAGAUGCUUGCCGAUGUUUUAACCAAGGUUGGAUGUGAACGUGAAUUGCUGCAGGAAGCUUUGUCCUCUGGAACAUGGAAACUGGCUCCUACCGAAGAAGCGCUGAAAAAGAAGGAGCAGAUCCGCGCCGGAAGACACCAGCGAAAGCAGCUCAAAAAAAAAGAGCCAAUCUGCACCUGA